GACUAAAUUCUUGGAUUUGCUUUUUCACAGAGCUGAGGAAGGAACCGAAGUUAUUUCCAAACGCUGUCCUGUUUGCUGUGAUGCAAGAAAGUUCACAGCUGGAGUUAGUGUACUUUAAAUGUACUACCUGUUUCAGAGCACACUUUAUCUGCGGCAAGUCAGAAGGCCACAGCCGCUCCCCACGCCGAGGGGCACGGCGCGGGCCCGCGCGCGCAGCGCCGCUCUGCUCUGCGCAGCCACCGGAGGGCGGGGCCCGAGCGAGGCCGGGCGGGCACAGCGAGGCACCGCCGGCCACCGCCUUCCGCUUGGCCCCUUCGCGUCUUCCUGUGCGUGCGGAGGACAUGGGGACACCGCAAAAGGAUGUUAUAAUAAAACCCGAUGCCCCAAGCACAUUACUUUCAGAAAAACAUGCAGACUAUAUAGCUUCAUAUGGAACAAAGAAAGAUGAUUAUGAAUACUGCAUGUCGGAAUAUUUGAGGAUGAGUGGUGUGUAUUGGGGACUGACAGCAAUGGAUCUCAUGGGGCAGCUGCACCGAAUGAACAAAGAAGAAAUUCUAUCAUUCAUCAAAUCAUGUCAACAUGAGUGUGGUGGAAUAAGUGCCAGCAUAGGUCAUGAUCCUCAUCUUCUGUAUACCCUCAGUGCUGUCCAGAUUCUUACCUUAUAUGAUAGUCUCCAUGUAGUUGAUGUAAAUAAAAUUGUUGAAUAUAUACAGAGCUUGCAGAAAGAAGAUGGAUCAUUUGCUGGAGACGAAUGGGGAGAAAUCGAUACAAGGUUCUCUUUCUGUGCUGCAGCAACUCUUGCACUUCUGGGAAAGCUGGAUGCCAUUGAUGUGGAAAAAGCAGUAGAAUUCGUUUUGUCCUGUAUGAACUUUGAUGGAGGAUUUGGUUGUAGACCAGGUUCUGAAUCACAUGCAGGACAGAUCUAUUGUUGCACAGGAUUUCUGGCUAUAACAGACCAGUUGCAUCAAGUAAAUGUUGACUUGCUGGGUUGGUGGCUUUGUGAACGUCAGUUACCUUCUGGGGGUCUCAACGGACGACCAGAGAAGUUACCUGAUGUAUGUUAUUCGUGGUGGGUGCUAGCUUCUUUGAAGAUGAUUGGUAGGAUACAGUGGAUUGACAGAGAGAAACUGCGCUGCUUUAUUUUGGCAUGCCAGGAUGAGGAGACUGGAGGAUUUGCUGACAGACCGGGAGAUAUGGUGGAUCCAUUUCAUACCUUAUUUGGUAUUGCUGGACUAUCUUUAUUAGGAGAAGAACAAAUUAAGGCCGUCAAUCCUGUCUUUUGUAUGCCAGAAGAUGUCCUUCAGAGAAUAAACGUACAGCCUGAGCUUGUAAGCUAAGCCUCGUAAGAGACAAAAGCUUUGUAUGACCAAUUGCUUUGGUUUUACUGAUUUAUAAUAUCAUCUGUGAAACUGUCAGCAUAUUCUUCUUUCAGAUGUGUUUACAUUAUGGAAGUAAAGCAGUAGCUUUGCUGUGGACUUUGUCACUUCAUAAAUUGUUUCAGAACAGGCUGAUUCUCAUAAUCUGAGUGUAACAUGUUAUUUGGUUGUAUUCUAAGAUGUGUAGAAACAUUUAAAUUCUGUAUCUAAAUCUAUGGGCCUUGGCUUGGUUUUUUUUUUUUUUUAAAUGUAAGAUUCAAAUCAGAGCUUGACGGUGUGAAUGCUUAACUUUUCUAUUCCUGUAACAUCAACCAUGCUAGUACUGGUCUUCAUACAGGCCUCUUUUGAUGGUGGAUCAUGCAAAGCACUUAAAAAAAAAAUAAACCCAAACCAAACAAACCAAUAAAAUCCUAUUUAAGCCAUGCACUUAAUACCACACAGGUAUUUAAUUAUUCCUGUUCACAUUUGCCAUCACUUUUCUAUACUGUGAGAAACAGCUGCUUCUUCUCACAAUAAUUGAUACCAGUAAUACCAUAAUUAUGGUUCUUUUAAAUAUACAGAUGUCUUCAUGUAUUGAUGAGUCCCUUAGACAAAAUUCUACUGAUACUUGAGAUACAGCAUACCUUGAGUAUGUAUAGUGAAACUUGCUAACAUUAAACGUUCUAGAGAAGGUCUCUGUUGGAUGGCGACUUGUGAUUGAACAUAGAGUUGAUUCUAAAUCUGUUGCUGGGUUGAAAUCCUCCUUUUGUAGCUUUUAAGACACUAAUUGUCAACACUUGAUUUUGCUGUAAUUGAAAAUAAAACUAGCUGUGGAAAAUA